UGUAUGUAGCCAUUUCACUUACAUCACUAUUACUACUAAAAAUUUAAAUAGUAAAACACUGAUCAUUUUGGUGCUAGAAAUGUUUCUGGUUACUGUUAACCAUUGGUGAUGUAAUCCAAAUAUUGUGUAAUAACUUUGCAAUGAUGAGUUCCUGAAAGUAGAAACAGAAGAAGAGCAAGAAAAACAGCACCAAUCUGAUAAGAAUUAAAACUGCUGUCACAUAAGGGUUUUUGAGCUCUUCAAAUAGUGGCACAUUAGUCAGAGAUGUUGCAAAAGCUGUUCAUCUUGACUGUCAUUAUGAUGACAAACAGUGAGCUUUUAUUCUUUGAUGUACCAACUGACUUUUCCAUCGAAGCAGGAGACAACAUCACCGGAGAGGACGGUUUGUGCGUCAUAGUGUACUGUGUUUUCACUGUCCCUAAAAGUGUCUCAGAUCCCAUUAGAAGAACCUGGUUCAAAGUAGAUCCACAAAACUCAUCUGCUGAAGUUUAUAAUUUUAACAGUAAUACUGGAUUUCGUCAAAAUCAGAAAGAGUGCAGCUUCGGGCUAAACCAGUUGGUUCAGGGCAAAUCUGAUGGUGAAUACAGAUUAAAACUGGAGUGGGGAGAAGGAAACGUGUAUAGCUUUCCUCAGACAGUACAUAUUACUGUUAAAGAGCUGACCCAGAAACCAACAAUAAACGUCCCACUGCUCACAGCUGGAGAGAAGGCGGAUAUAUCAUGUAAAGUUCCAGGGGACUGCUUAAAACCCUCCGCAGAUAUUGUUUGGACCGGCAUUAGGCCUAAUGAAACUAGACUUCAAGGUCGUGGAGUGCCUGGCAAGAAUGAGGAAUUUUCUAUAAUGACUUUUUAUCCUAAGCCUGAACAUCACAAUACUAAGCUCACCUGCACAGUGACACUUCAAGGACGUAUUCAGACUGAAAGUACUGCCAUCCUCAAAGUAAGACAUUCCCCGGUAAUCCUGAACAGCUCUCGUUGUUUCGUGUGGGGUGAUGAACUGAGCUGCAUGUGUGUCAGCAGUGGUUUACCGUUACCCAAGAUAUCCUGGCCAAAACUGAACAGUACCACUAAACACUGCAGUGCCGUUUCAACAGAGAACAUCAUCAGCAUUAGCCACAUCUCUAUUACUGGGUUUAGUGAACUCGGCGCUACCGUUAAAUGUGUCAGUAAGAAUCUCAUUGGUACGACAAAGAUGGAAAUCCAAGUGCAACAUCAUGCUGAAAACCCCCAAGAAAUAAGUUGCAGUUUGUCAACCCCUUGGAUAUUAUUUACCCUUUCGUUUGUUCUAAAUGUCAUCUUUGCUUCCUGUUUGAUCGUUGUACGGAGGAGAGAAAAAUAUAUGAAACCAGUAGAUGACAACCAUGUCUACAUGACUGCAAUGAAGAGAGAGGAAUCUGUAUAUGAGACUAUCAAAACGCAGUGAGAGAGGUCUUAGUGAUAUGAUCAGCAUAUUACAGUUUUUUAUUACCUAUCUUUUGGUCUUUAUUUUUUGCUCAGGCAUCCUCUAUGCAAAAAAACACAAUUCUCAUCAUUUUCUCCUUGUGAUGGCCCAGAUGUAUAUGACUCUAAAGAUGAACACAAAAAUCAUCAUUAAUUCCCUCAUCUCUCACCCUCAUGACUUCCCAGAUGUACUGUAUGGCUUUCUUUAGCUGAAAACGGUUUGCACGUAAUGUCACCUGCUUGUGAAGCAUGUCUGUGCCUUUCACAAAAAGUGAACGGACCCUGUUUGUUCGUCAAGUGAAUUCACAGUUGACUGGAACUGAUGGUUUAUAAUUUAAAAAUGUAUUAUAUAUAUUAAUAUAAUAUAGAAAUAUUAGUAUUGUUCUCGCUCCUCUAUCAUUUCUCUUCAGAAGACACUGAAUCUUCAACAGGAAUCCUUCAUAUGGAUUACCGUUGUGUACAUUUUGAAUGGUUUCUGAAGCUUUAAAGGGUUAGUU